UCCUUUUGAAUUUCGUUGUGACAUUGGCGAUUAAACCUCACGCGCGUGCGAGGGCGGGAUCAUCCGUGCUCAAAAGCAAGCAAAACUUCCCUUCGCUUCACACACCCGAGCAAGCUCAAAACGCAUUCAAUCCUCCACUCACCACUGUGCUUCUCUCUCUCUCUCUCUCUGCCUGCUUCUUUCUUUACUUCCUCCAUGGACAAGUCCUCUCUGCAACUCCUCUCGAAAAUCGGAACUCACCUCGCACAACGAACGCGUCCCAACAAGGACUUCAUUGUCAAAUCCCUCACUCAAGCUGCAAAUGCUUUGUCUCAGUUAGAACAAUGUCCUCAAGUGGGAACCAAAGGAGCAGCACAAGGUACUAAUAAACGAAAAGCUGCUUUGAAGCCUCUGGCAAAUGCUGUGGUUUGCGGUGGUUUGCUUCAACAUGCAGAUAAGGAAGUUAGGCUUCUAGUUGCUAUUUGUGUCACUGAACUUCUUAGACUCGAGGCACCUGAAUGUCCUUUUGAAGAGAAGCAUUUGAGGGAUGUAUUUAAACUUAUCAUUAGUUUGUUUGCGGAUCUAGCUGAUACUGGAGAUAUAUUAUUUUCGAAAAGGGUUAAAGUAUUGGACACCGUGGCUCAAUUAAGGUGUUGUGUGAUAAUGCUGGAUAUUGGUGGCGUAGACCUGGUUCUUGAGAUGUUCAACAUUUUCUUCUCAGUAGUGAGAGAUGAUCACCAUGAUAUUUUGGUUAGUGCCAUGACUUCUAUAAUGAUAACCAGUUUGAAUGAGAGUGAGAAGGAUUUUCAGCACCAGCAACGACUAUUGGAAGUGAUUUUACGAAAUCUUAUAAAGCGCAAAAAAGAAGCAACUGUUGCUGCUUAUGAACUGGCUGUAUCAGUCAUCAAAACUUGUGCACAAGAGGAUAAGCUUACCCGCCUAAUUUCUAAGCUUUUAACUGCUUGCAUACAUGAUGGAGAAGCUGCAAGCUGUGUACUUAAAGAAUUUUACCAUGAAAUUAUCUUUAACGUAUUCCAGUGUGCACCUCAGAUGCUUCUUGCUGUCAUCCCCAGCUUAAUUAUAGAGCUGUUGGCUGAUCAGGUUGAUGUUCGGAUAAAAGCUGUUAAUUUGGUGGGAAAGCUUUUUGCACUUCCUGAACAUCAUGUAGCACAGAAGUAUCAUGAGCUUUUUGUGGAGUUUUUGAAAAGAUUUUCUGAUAGAUCUGUGGAUGUUAGGAUUAGUGCUCUACAAUGUGCCAAAGCUCUCUGUUUGGCAAAUCCCCAUGGGAGAGAAUCACAUGAAAUUAUCACUUCUGUUGAAGGUCGAUUAUUAGAUGUAAAUGACCGAGUGAGAAUGCUGGCAGUUCUUGUUGCCUGUGAUAUUUCCAUUUCAAACCUGAAACUUGUUCCAUCCAAACUAAUAUCUCAAGCCACUGGAAGGCUUCGGGAUAAAAAGAUAUCUGUUAGAAAGAGGGCCUUGCAGAAGUUGAUUGAGGUAUAUCAAGAUUACUGCAACAAAUGUUACAAUGGCAGCAUGAUCAUCAGUGAUCAGUUUGAAGAGAUUCCAUGUAAAAUUAUGAUGCUAUGCUACGAUACAGAUUGUGUGGAGUUCAGGUUGCAGAAAAUGGAAUUUGUUCUUGCUGAUGAUCUAUUCCCUAAACAUCUUUCUGUUGAGGAAAGGACAAAGCAUUGGAUACAUAUGUUUUCUCUUUUCAGUUCUCCUCAUGAAAAGGCACUAAAUUCUAUUUUGACUCAAAAAAGAAGGUUGCAAAAUGAAAUGAAAAACUAUUUGGCUAUGAGAAAGAAUUUGAAGGAAAUUUGUUCUGAAGAAAUACACAAGAAGAUUGAAAGUAUGUUUACAACAAUAGCAACAUCCUUCCCGGAUUCUCAAAAAGCAGAAGAGUGUCUUCACAAGUUAAACCAGACUAAAGAUAAUAAUGUGUUUAAAUUACUUGAAAAAUUUUUGGAGGAACAAACCUUCAAUACUGGACAAACUAUUAAAGAUGAACUGGUAGUGAUUGGAGACAACAAUCCAUAUUAUGAGUUUUUACAUUCACUCUUGUCCAAAUGUUCAUCCAACAUUUUCAGCUCAGAUCAUGUUGAAUGCCUCUUAGAUUAUCUUUCCAAUAAUGAAAGUGGAAAUAAGGAUUUGAAGGAUUCUUCUGUGAAUCUUCUGCUGGCUAUUGUUCAAAAUUUCCCCUCUAUGCUGAAAAGCUUGGAAAAGAAGUUCCAAAUGUUGUUGGAGCAGACAAGUCCUGUUAAUGACAAGCUGAUUGAGGUCAUAGCAAAGGCAGGCUCUCACACAUCUUUCAAUCUUAGCGAGAUUUAUCCAUUUCUUGAGAGAAUGUGCUUGGAUGGAACUCCGCGACAGGCCAAAUUUGCGGUUUCUGCAAUUGCUGCUUUAAGUUCUGAACAAUCAGUUUUCUUAGAUUUAUUCAAGGGACUAAUUGAUUCCUUAUAUAGCCAGUGGAAUGUACCAACAGUUUUGCAAUCUCUGGGAUGCAUUGCGCAAUACUCUGUUUCAACUUUUGAAACUCGGCAUGAAGAGAUCACAUCAUAUAUAAGCCAGAAGAUCAUUCAAAUGGAGCACAUGGAAGACAGUCAUGAUGCAACAUCCUUUCAGGAUACUUCUCAAUGCAGUGAAUCUUGUCAAUUAAAGAUUUAUGGACUGAAAACGUUGGUGAAGAGUUUUUUGCCUUAUCAAGGGAGCCCUGUCAAACAUAAUAUUAGUGGAUUGUUGGAUAUUUUGUCAAGAAUGCUACUGGAAAGUGAUGGUUUUGUUAGCACAGCUACUGGCUCAUGUGAAAAUGAUAAGGCUCAAAUCAGAUUAGCUGCUGCAAAGGCAAUUCUUCGUCUUGCUUGGAAGUGGGAUUUACAUAUUACUCCUCAGAUUUUUCACAUCACUAUUUUGAUUGCAAAGGACUCUUCUUCUUUUGUUAGGAGCAGAUUUCUCAGUAAGACACAAAAGUUAUUGAAGGAGCGUAAACUACCUAUCAGAUUUGCUUGUGCUUUUGCAUUGGCAGCAACUAAUGCAUUUGACGAUCUGCAAUAUCAAAACUACAAAUAUUUGGCAGAGUUUAUAAAGGAUUACAGUAUAGUAGCUCAUACACGACAAACAUCUGCUGUUCAAGGAGCAAUCAUUGAUUACCCUGCAUACAUUUUGGUCUUCUUGAUUCACGUGCUUGCUCGGAAUAAUGACUUUGCAUUUGAAAUCUGUCAAGAUGAAAAAAAGUAUGCUGAUAUUUGUAGCCCACUCUUCUUUAUCUUGCGGGCAUUAAUUGAUGACAGUAUUGUUGGUGACCUGAACCUUGUUAAUGACGCUGUCUCACAUCUCUUUAGUAUUUUUCGAGCAAUCAGAAAAGUUGAGGAUGCUGUAGAUGUGCAGAUGACAACUAAGCUGCAUAUGCUGGCUGAAAUUGGGAUAUUUACUUUAAAUGCGUUAAAGGGUGAUGGGAUUUCUGUUUGCCAAGUACCUGGACAAGUUUUACUGCCUUCAUCAUUAUAUAGAGCUAAUUCAAAAUCUCCGAAAUCCUUUUUUGAUGAAAAUUUUCUAAGUAGAGUCUUUCACACACUUCAGAAAUCUAUGCCUCAGGGAUAUACUCAAAAGACUGCAGAAACACUUCUUAAGCAUGGUCAUAAGGGUCAUCAGGAUGUCCCAAAGUAUAUUUAUGGUGUACUGGACUUGGCAUCUAGCAAACCAGACAAUUUGCCAAGGAGAGAAAUUGAAAAUGCCAAAACUGUGCGGCCUAAUAUCCCUUCAGUGAAAAGGAGAAAAUGUGUGUCUCAGUCUGGUUCUGGAUCAAUUGGUUUGCAUGAAUGCUCUACAAUUGAAAAACAACAAAAAUUACCAUCAAAACAUUGUCAAAAGAGCAUAGAGAGUAACUUGUUUUCAUCAAGUGAUUCUGUGAUCUCUAAGGGUUCCCUGUCUGAAUCACAUGUGCCAACCUGUAAAACAAAAAGAACAGCUGCUUGUUCAUUGGAGAAUGCUGUGACAAGUAGCAAACAUACUGUUCAGCCUUCCAAAUGUCCUAGAACCAAACUGAAAGAUACAUGUGGCUCUAAGAGACAAGAUAUACUGGCAGAUGUUUCAAAUAAAAAUCAAUUCAGCCUCUGUGUUUAUGUGAUGGGGCCAUUAUUGCAUUACGUGGCAGCUACAGAGAAGCAUGUUGCAUCAUCUCCAAUAUGUUCUCUCUCUGACAAACACCUGUCUUCUCUGUCGUUUUCCAGUAUUUUCUGGCCAGCCUCUGCAACCUGCUUUGCUCAGUUCACUCUAAUCCUUCCUGUCAUUUUCUCUGUGUGUUCAGCAUCAAAUUCUAAUUUUGCUCAUUGUGAACUUGAUGCAUUAAUGACAAUAUUGUUUGAACCUUGGUGCCUCUCCCUGCCCAUAGGCAAGCCAUUGGCUGCAAAUGGGUAUUUUAGGAUCAUAGAAAACCCUGAUAGUAAUAUUAACAAGCAAAAGGCAUGGAUGGAAUCUCUGGUGGAAAUGAUGGACAUGGCACAGUUAAUCGAUGAAAAAAAUCAGAUAACCUUGAGAAAAGGAACAUAUGCAGGAGAUUACAGUGGCAGGCUGAAGUCGGGAGGAACAACAGUAGGAAAUGGGGUUACUCGUGUUGAAUCUACGGCGUCCAAUGGUACAUGA